AUGUUUGGCGGCGAUAUCAUCGGCAAUCUGACGGGAGGGCUCAAGAAUUUCCACCUCAAGGGCUCCGUUUCCCUGAUGCGCAAGAAUGCGCUCGACUUCAACGAUUUCGGCGCCGCCGCCAUGGACAGCGUCACCGAGUUCCUCGGUCGUGGUGUCACUUGCCAGCUCAUCAGCUCCACCGUCGUCGAUUCCAACAACGGCAACCGCGGGAAGGUAGGCACGGAGGCGAGCCUGGAGCAGUGGAUCACCAGCCUGCCAUUGAUCACGGUGGGCGAGUCCAAGUUCAAAGUCACGUUCGACUGGGACGUGGAGAAGAUGGGGGUGCCCGGCGCGAUCAUCGUCAAGAACAACCACACCUCCGAGUUCUUCCUCAAGACCAUCACCCUCGACAAUGUCCCCGGCCGCGGUACUGUCGUCUUCGUCGCCAACUCGUGGGUCUAUCCCAAGGGCAACUACCGCUACAACCGCGUCUUCUUCGCCAACGAUACGUACUUGCCUAGCAAGAUGCCGGCGGCACUAAGGCCAUACCGGGAGGACGAGCUCCGGAACCUGAGGGGUGACGACACACAGGGAGAAUACCAGGAGUACGAUCGCGUCUACCGCUACGACGUGUACAACGACCUCGGCGACGCCCGCCAGGUCCUUGGGGGCACCAAGGAGUUCCCCUACCCUCGCCGCUGUCGCACUGGCCGCAAGCUCUCACAAACCAGUCCCGAUCGCGAGAGCCGGCCGUUGCCGCUGCUCCAGAGCAUCUACGUGCCACGGGACGAGGUGUUCGGGCAUCUCAAACAGUCGGACUUCCUCGGUUACUCCCUCAAGGCGCUCACCGAUGCUCUCAUUCCGGCCAUCCGCACCUACGUCGACCUCUCCCCGGAAGAGUUCGACUCCUUCGCGGACAUCCUCAAGCUCUACGAGGGCGGCAUCAAGCUGCCUGACAUCCCGGCGCUGGAGGAGAUGCGCAAGCAAUUCCCACUCCAGCUCGUCAAGGAUCUCAUCCCCAUGGGCGGCGACUACGUCCUCAAGCUCCCAAAGCCACAAAUCAUCAAGGAGGAUGAGAAAGCAUGGAUGACUGACGAUGAGUUCGCGAGGGAGAUCCUUGCCGGCGUCAACCCCAUGAUGAUCACACGUGUCACCGAGUUCCCUCCCAAGAGUACUCUCGACCCUAACAAUUACGGAGACCACACCAGCACCAUCACCGAGGCUCACAUCGGGAAGAGCCUCGAGGGCCUCACCGCGCACCAGGCAGUCGCCGACAACAGGCUCUAUAUCCUUGACCACCACGACCACAUGAUGCCAUACCUCAUCAAGCUCAACAACCUCGACGACACCUUCCUCUACGCCACGAGGACUCUGCUCUUCCUGCGGGGCGAUGGCACGCUGGCGCCGAUUGCCAUCGAGCUGAGCACGCCUCUUAUCCAGGGUGACCUCACCACCUCGAAGAGCACCGUCUACACGCCAGCCACCACCGGCGUCGAGGCCUGGAUAUGGCAGCUCGCCAAGGCGUACGUCUGCGUGAACGACUAUGGUUGGCACCAGCUCGUCAGCCACUGGCUCAACACGCAUGCCGUGAUGGAGCCCUUCAUCAUCGCCACGAACCGGCAGCUGAGUGUGACUCACCCGGUGAACAAGCUCCUGGUGCCCCACUACCGUGACACCAUGAACAUCAACGCACGGGCUCGGGAGUUGCUCGUCAACGCCGGCGGGAUCAUCGAGCUCACUGUCUUCCAGCGCAAGUACGCAAUGGAAAUGUCAUCCGUCACCUACAAGAACUGGAACUUCGCGGAGCAGGCCCUCCCCGACGAUUUGAUCAAGAGGGGCAUGGCGGUGCCAGACAAAUCAGACCCAAGCAAGGUCAAAUUGCUGCUGGAGGACUACCCUUAUGCGGUGGACGGGCUAGCCAUCUGGCAUGCGAUCGAGCAGUGGGUGCAGGAGUAUCUAGCCAUCUAUUACCCCACUGACAGUGUGCUUCAAGGAGACGUAGAGCUCCAGGCAUGGUGGAAAGAAGUUCGCGAGGUCGGCCAUGGCGACCUCAAGGAUGCGGCUUGGUGGGCCAAGAUGCAAACCGUGCCGGAGCUGGUCAAGGCAUGCACAACCAUCAUCUGGACAGGCUCCGCGCUACACGCGGCUGUAAACUUUGGUCAGUACCCAUAUGCAGGUUACCACCCCAACAAGCCAUCAGCAAGCCGUCGCCCAAUGCCGGAGCCAAACACUGAGGAGUACGAGCUGCUGGCUAGCGAGCCGGAAAAGGUGUUCAUCCGCACUAUCACCAACCAGCUGCAAACCAUCAUUGGCAUAUCAUUGCUGGAGAUCCUGUCCAAGCACUCCUCCGAUGAGGUUUACCUCGGGCAGCGUGAUACGCCGGAGAGGACGUCGGACGCCAAGGCACUGGAGGCAUUCAAGCGAUUCGGGACGAGGCUGGAGGGCAUCGAGAGCGAAGUGGUGGCCUUGAAUGGAAACCCCCAGCUCAAGAACCGCAAUGGGCCGGCCAAGUUCCCGUACAUGCUACUCUACCCAAACACAUCUGACCACAGCGGUGAUGCCGCUGGGCUCACGGCAAGGGGCAUCCCCAACAGCAUCUCCAUCUGAUGAGAUGUAGUGGAGGUGUGUUGUGCCAGCAUGCACGUGAAAGUGUUGGAGAGUGUGUUUAUAAGUAGUGAUCCUCGAAUAAUCUGUGUCUAAUGGUGCUCAUUGACGCGGAAGUGCUAUGUAAGUGGCCAGCCACAAGUGUUUGUGUUAAUUUCCCUUCCAAAAUCUUAUAAUAAAGUAGUAAGUUUUCUUGUGUUCUA